AUGGCCGCCAGCAGCGGCGAGCCAAGCCGGGCCAGGCAGCAGGAAGAGGAUGGACGGGAAAGAGAUGUUGAGGAUGAGCAGUCGACGGAGGAUACACCGCUUCUUGGUGGCACUGAAGAAGUUGUAGAACGGAACGAUCGGAGUCGGCCUCAGAGACAGACAUCUGCUCUGUCGGUGUUCAGAAGACUGCGCGGAUCUGCUGCUAAGAGUGGCCGGAGGAGAUGGCCGAGUCUGCUGGCAUUGCUGCUGCUAUGUGUCCUUGCGGUGCUCAUAAUCGUUUUCGCAUUCAUUGCGCCCAGCGCGGUGGAGCAGUAUGCGCAACAAGCGAUCACGUUCGAGCCGACGAGCUUAUCGAUAGACUCCUUCCUGGAUUCGGGAGUACGAGCAAGGAUACAGGGUGACUUCACAAUGGAUGCGAGCAGAGUGGAGAAGAAGUCUGUGCGGGAUAUGGGAAGGUUUUGCACAUAUAUCGCGCAAUGGGCAGAGACAGGACCAAGCGAGUUGGAAGUGAUCUUACCAGAGUAUGGGAAUGUGUUGCUGGGGACGGCUAAGGUACCUGGCAUCAAGCUUUACAUCCGCAAUGGACACACAACUCGCGUCGACUUCUUGGCCAACCUAGAGCCUGGCGAUAUUGAUGGGAUUAGGAGGAUCGCCAACGACUGGAUCGAUGGCCGUCUAGGUCAACUGCGGGUCCUGGGCAAGGCGCAAGUCCCGCUCAAGAGCGGUCUCAUCAGUCUAGGCAGGCAGUCAAUCCAGCAAGAAAUGGCAUUUGCGGAUAACGACCUGCCGUCAAUGCCAGGAUACGAGAUCAAGAAGUUGCUGUUCCGGGAAGUAGUGGAUGUCGAUAAUGGAAAAGCAAUGGCCGCGGAUGUGUCCCUCAAGGUUGAGAAUGAUUUUCCUGUCGACUUUGAGGUCCCACCACUUCGCUUUGGCAUCCUGGUUGACAAUUGCGAAACGAGCGAUGAUUUGAUUAUGCUUGGAGAUGCUCUGACAGACGGUAUCCACAUCCAACCAAAGACCGACGUCGAGCUCAAUGUAACUGGGACUGUCCGCCGCCUCCCUUCUGUGCUCACUCAAGACUGUCCGGGUACCACCAAGUCGCCAUUGGACAAUCUCUUAGGCAGAUACAUCCGUGGCAAAAAGAACACGGUCUACGUGCAGGGAUCCGACUCUCCCGCGCCAGAAACUCCAGCUUGGGUGACGGACAUCAUUUCAGAGAUUACUGUACCAGUGCCGGUGCAAGGCCGCACAUUUGGUCAUCUGAUCAAGAACUUCUCUUUGGCCGACACACACUUCAGUCUGCCAAAUCCAUGGGCUGAGCCCGGCACGCCAGAGGCCGACCCUCGCCUUAGCGCCAAAGUGAAAGCCCUCGUUGCUUUGCCAGAGGAGAUGAACUUCAACAUCUCCGUAGGUCGUGUCCGUGCUGAUGCAAAUGUCUUUUACAAGGGCAAGAAACUCGGCCGUCUGGAUCUCACCAAGUGGCAAGAUGCCAACAGCAGUCGCAUCGACGCUACUCCAAAGGAAGGCCCAGCCCUCAUGGUUCAGAGCCAGGUAGAGGAUGCUCCACUCGAGAUCCAGGACGAAGACGUUUUCACGGACGUCAUUCAAGCUUUACUGUUCGGGAAGGAGACAGUAAUCAUGAAAGUCGAAGCCGAAGUUGACGUGGGUGUGGAGACUGCACUAGGCGAGUUCGCCAUAAGAAAGAUUCCCGCAGACGGCCAGGUGCCGAUCAAACGUAGGUCAUCAUCCCUACUAGCCAACGCUCAGACUGUUUAUGACUUGCUCGUUGGAUGAGUCUAUUCUUGUGUUUAGAAGAGUAGAUAGGCUAAGAUGACGAACUUCUAGCUUUCUCACCACCUUCGCCAUCUGAUCCUCGCAAACCUGGAAAGCCUGGACUACCGCCUUCGAUGGGAAAUAUUACUGAUCGUGUGAACCCGAAACUGGUGGAUUUAAGGAUUGUCAAUACUUCUGAGACUUCUUGGACGAUUGGAGCCACCAUCAAUGCAACCAACCCUACCAACUACUCCGCUUCAAUACCGUAUAUCGACGUCCAUCUCUUGAAAAACGGCUCCCUCCUCGGUCAUGCGACCGCCCGCAACCUCUCAAUUACUACGGGUCGAAACGGUAAUUUACAGGUCGUUGCACACUACGAACCCUCAACGCUCGGCGGACCCAAAGCCCGCGCCAUCGGAAGAGAAAUGAUAUCUCAGUAUAUUUCUGGAUGGAACACGACGAUCACGGUUCAAAUGCACGAACAAUCAUUCCCCUCUACGCCCGUUCUCGGAAGAGCAUUAUCGCGGUUCCCGAUUGAAGUCGCAACCCCAAGAAUUGGCGGCGGUGGAGAUGGAGAUGAUGAGGAUGAUGGUAACACCCAUUUCAUCCGGGACUCGACGAUGCAUCUCCUCUCUUCGUCCGCUACGUUUCUCCUCCUCUCCCCCUUGAAGCACAGCACACUCUACAUCGAAGGUCUGCACGCGGUGGCGAUGUAUAAAGGCGAUGAAGUCGGCGUCAUCCAAUAUGAUGAGCCUUUCGGUGUUCCACCAGUGAGCGAGACGCCGGACCAGGAGGGCUAUUUGACGGAUCCCCUGCCUGUGGACUGGAGUUUCGGGUCUAUUGGGUAUGACGCAGUUAGGAGGGCACUCGGAGGGACGUUGAGACUUGCUGCAAAGGCGGAUGUGAAUGUGAGGCUGGGGAGGUGGAAGGAAUCGUUGUGGUAUCAAGGGGAGGGUUUGGGAGUCAGUAUCAGGUUGUGAGGUGACGAGAGAGCAGCGGGUUGGCGGCCAAGAUCAAAGAAGGUCAUCGCGGCGUUCAAGGGGGAGACGGAGGAUGUACAGAACGAUCGCACGUGGCGGCAAAUCACUGUAUCAUUCGAUCCGAGGAGAGGGAAAUUUUUCGAAGCGGGAAGUAUGCUAUGCCAUACAAAGGACAGCAACAGCGGGAACGGACUGCACGGCUUGAUGCGAGAUGCAAGGAGAGGAUAUAGAAAGAAGGGAAACAUUGUUAUUUUUCGACUCAUGGCUGACGCUCUGCAGUUCUGAAAGGACCAUCAUCACCAAUGCUAAUUCCUUGAGGGCUUCGGGAGUCGACUUGGUCUCCUUCCAUCUCUGCGUCCACAUUCAGACCUCAACACGCUUCCAGGCGAAGUAG